UCAGUUUUUACACUCGAGUCGGUUGUUCGUCAGUCGCUUGUCGUGCAAUCGCGUCGCCCGGAGGAUAAUAUCUCGAUUUAUCACGCGACAACGCAUAAAUACCACGCACGUACGCGAGUUUUUCUAUCGAUUUUUUGCGUCUUGGCUGUGCGUUCGGAAACCGUGACAGUUUUUUUUUUUUUUAUAAAAUACCUUUAUUUUAUCGAUACUUAAAAUUAUUUCGUCAUCGUCACUGUUGGCAACCGGGCUUUUUUUCCGAUGAUCAUGUUAUCAUCUUCUUUUUCUGCCGUUUGAACGGACACGCCGCGAGUGCACACAAGUCAGACCUGCCGUGAUCCGACCCUACUGUGACCAGUGGUUAAGUGUGAUCUCGCGCCCGAAAAAUGACUGUUUACGCGUUUUUAGCGGUGGUGCUUACGUGCACUGCCGCGGUCUCGUUCGCUGGCGGUUCGGCCGUCUUCCAGUCCGGCGCUUACGACAACGUAGUGGUCGCCAUCAAGGAUUCUGUUCCAGUGGCAAAUUGCAAAACGAUCGUCAACAACGUCGAGGCGGCGUUCACCAGUGGAUCAAAAUCUUUACAUGAAGCACUCAGUGGCAAAGCCUACUUCCGAUCGGUAACCGUGAUGCUGCCGCAAAACUGGCCGGAUCACUGUGUCGGUCAUCUACGUGGUAUUGUUAGCAGCCAGGGAGAGACACCAGACGUGCACGUCGGACUUCCGCACCCGGUUCAUGGAGAUGCCCUGUGGACUCAACAGUCGCAAGGCUGCGGCCGUCCUGGCGAUGGUAUAUACUCUAGUUACCGGCUGUUCCAAGAGCCCCGAGAAUUGGGCAAAGAGCUGACCAAGCAAUGGGCAAAAUACCGAUAUGGUGUAUUCGACGAGGUUGGAUACGCCGGUGAUGCGAUUUAUCCGUCGUGUUACACAUCCGAAACGUCUUCGGCUGAGGUCAAUGGAUGUUCUGAUAAACCCAUUUCCCAGACUAGAGCGUGUGAUUCCAUCAACACGACAACAUUGGUCCACCCGGAAGCAAAAACUUCACUCAUGUUUUCCACGGCACCUCAAGUCACCAAGUUCUGCGACGCUUCCAGCCAUGACCGUUAUGCGCCCACCAAACAAAAUGCACUCUGCGGAAGACGGAGCAUCAUGGAAAUCAUAAACACUCAUCCGGACUUUACCAAAGGUGUCAAUUUGUCGGGAAAUCAAAAUUUGACGCCGACGUUCAUCUUCAAGAAAGAAAUGCUCACCAGAUAUGUAGUGGUCAUCGAAGACACAAAAGAUAUGAUGGAAAGGGAAUCUUGGAGUUUUUUGCGAUUGGCUAUUCGUAAAUGGGCUGUUCAUGAUCUUCCAGCCAAUACGGAAGUUGGACUAGUAUCGGCCAAUGAUUCUUCAGCCAAUCGUCUGCAUGGUCUGAGUAGAUUACAUACAUCGGACGCUAGAGAUCAAGUUGCAUCAAACAUCCCAUACUCUACAGGAGACUCGAGGUUACCAGCGUGUUUAGCCUGUGCGUUAAAAGAAGCUAUACAGAUGUUGGAAACCCGCACUAGCAAUAGUGGUCCCGCCAGUUCAGUUAUUGUGGUGAUCGCCGCUGGAACAUCUGCGUACACGCCGGAUUUGGUUAAACAAGUGUCCGAAGCCAGAGACAAAAAUAUUCGUUUAGCUACCAUCACAUACCCGAUGAUCAAUCGUCUUAAGUCCCUAGACUGGAUGGCUGACAAGACCGGUGGUAUUUCAUUCACGGUUACCGAAAACCGGUACAACAUGGCCACGUCAUAUUUGUCUACUUACUUCAAGUUAACAAACGUUAUGCGCAAUAUAAUGGAAACGUAUUAUCAAGGCAACAAGGGCGAUUUGCCUGUAGAAAUUCAUAGACGUGAAUUAACCGACGAUGGUCGAACUGUGGUAACGGGAAGCUUCGUUUUAGAGGACCACAUGGGUGAACCGGCUAAGUUCACUGUUUAUACGCACAACACGGAAAACCCACUAAUCAGAGCUAUCACCCUGACUAGUCCAUCGCAACGGGUUUACUCGACUCGAUCAGAUUCACUGUUAUCGCUUAAAAUGCUCAGCGUACCUGCGGCUAUAAACGAGACCGGAACGUGGACAUACCACAUCGAACGAUUCCAGGGAAGUCCGCAACCGCAUUACGUGCAAGUGAUGGCCAAACCGUUAUCGAAAAAUUCUCCUGUGGUCAGAGCUAGAGCUUGGACAAGUGGAACGACUAACCCGUUGACGAUUUACACUGAAGUCAAGCGCGGUGACUAUCCAGUACUUGGUGCUAAGGUUGAAGUGUCGGUUAUUCGACCUGGUUUAAAUGGUUCAAACGCACAUCGUGAAAAGUUUGAUCUCUUGGACACCGGAAGUGGAGAUCCGGAUAUCAUGAAAGGCGAUGGAAUUUAUUCGAGAUAUUUCAACCCGAUGAUUGGUGGACUCGGAGUUUAUACUUUUGAGAUAACUGUUUCGGAUAGCAGCAGCAAUGCAUAUACUUGGCAACACAACACCCAUCGGAACAUCGAACGAAAUCCCGUAAAUUCCGAAUCUAACUGUUGUGGAUCGUUUAUGACAUCUCCAUCAGUGGAACAACUGAAUCCCUUUCAACGGAUCAUCGCUCCGCUGUCUGUUACAUAUACUGCCGAAGAUCUAUCGUCAUCGUCGACAAACGUUGGCCGAGUGGGUGACCUUAAAGCUGAGAUUGUCAAGUCCGAAUUGAAAGCCCGACUUACAUGGACUUCGCCAGAUAUGGGUGGGAACUCUGUGGCUCGGUAUGAAAUAAGGUAUUCGCAGUCACUUCGAUCGUUACUCAAUGAAUUCGACUCGGCACCAGUUUGGAUCCAUAGUACCCCGCUACCGUUGGCUCCGGGUUCAGAGACUGCAUUCUCAGUAGACAUGAACAAGACUCCCGAGCUCCUAGAUCAGACGCUAUUCGUAGCCAUCAAAGCGUACAGCCGCAUUGAGUCAGAUUCGAUACCCGGACCUGUAUCCAACUGGGUCAAAGUGUUGGUGCCAUCACCACCGCCUCCGCCGUCAUUGAUAACUACUCACUCAUCAGUAUCGUCAGCUGACCCAUCUUGGACAUCCGCAAAUCAGAACGUCAUAUCUGGGAUCAGCCGGGACUUUGAGAUGAAUUACGACGUUUUGGUACCGGCUGCGGGUGGCCUGAUGCUACUGGCUUUACUUUUGCUCAUGUACUGUGUGUUUUGCGCUGUGAAACGCAACCGGAAACCUGAGAAGCAAUCACCUAAGCCGGAAAAAUCGCUUAACGUAUCAGUUAUACCCAACGGCAACGGCGGUGCGCUGAAUAUAUCGUCUCCCAUGAACGCAGUAAAGACUGAACUGGAAUCGCAUUUUGAACCUUGUCUGAUCGAUACGGGUGACCCGAAAAAACGUUAUAGUGUAGCACAAUACGGACCAACUGCGACCAACGACCAUCACUAUAAUCUCCAACAGCAACAGCAGCAUCAACAAUCACAUCAACAACCAAAUCAACAACCACAUCCUUACCAUCACCAAAGUAAUGGUCACCUGAGUGUUAUUACCGGAGCAACGUUAACUCGUGUACCGAAACCGUUAAGUCCGUACCAAUCGUGGACCGCUUCGCAGCUAUUGCAUGAACACGAACGCAGAACUAGUCCGUACGGUCAGAUUGGUGACUUUGAAAAUCAGUAUGCGCCACCUGUUCCUCCUCUGCCAGCUUACCAACAACAACAGCUCCAGCAACAACAGCAGCAGCAGCAGCAGCAAACCAACGCGGAAAAUAUAUACGGAACGGCUCCAGGCCAUUUUCAGCAGCAACAGAACGGACUCCCGCCACCAGGCCAGUACAACAACUAUCACCGGAACAAUAUGAUCCUAUUCAACCAGAGCCUGCAGGGAUCGUUGAGUUCGGUCAGUAGCGGUGACAAGAAAAAGCGAAACAUAACCAUGGUAUAAAUACAGAAGAGAGUGAAGAAGAAGACAACGACGACGACGGAGCGUUGAAGUUAAUAAGACUGACUACUUAUUUUGUGUGACUUAAGUCUUCUCCGACGCUAAACGUAUGUGCAUGUACUGUUUGUUCUGUUUACUGGAUGUUUUUAUUUUUGCGGUUUCUAGUCAAAUUCACUAAUGUCGUAGACUAAAAACCACCAUACGUACAACCAAGUUAUAUUUUGUUUUUUUGUUAUGAUCUCACUUGUUUCUUGUAAAAUACUUUUGUAAUUAAAUUAAAAUAAUUUCCCCUCUUGUAUAAUGAUGGUAAUUUAUAAUAAUAGUUAUCAUUAUUUUACUACUACUACUACGUUCGUUAAGAACAUUAGUAUAAGCCUUAUUAUUAUGAAACUGCCUCAAAUCCCUAAAUCGAUAGGUAAACUGACAAUUAUUAUUAUUAUAUUAAUAAGUUGUGUGUUAUGCACCGUUUUGUGCCUUUUUUUUGUAUAUUAUAUUAUAUUAUUAUUUAUGUGAAACAUAUGUAAACACGACCAAAAAAUAUUAUAUUAUGUCUAGCUAUUAACUAGCUAUCAGUUUUACUUUAGACAAAAGUAAUAUUUUUUUUUUAUGUCUAAAAUAUUUAUAAAAUCAUAUAUUUUUGUAUCUAAAUUUAAGUUUGUUGUAGACUACUUAGAGAGUAAGCCAUUGUGUACA